CUCAACUAAAAACAAUUUAAUCGAUGAGUACGAUGUCUCAUUCAUCGACCAAACACUCAUCAUUUUCAGAUUCAAAAAUCUCAAACGCCUCUCUUCCUCUAGAUCUAACGCACAAAUUUACGUAGAAAAAUAUUCAUGAGAAUUGUUUAAAAUUCUUUUUUUUCUCUUUCUGUGUAUAUAAUCAAAUAUAGAAGAGAUGCAAAGCCGGGGAUCCAGUAACCGGCUAUCGAACUCGGCUUUUGAGUCUCGAGUCGCAGGUCUUAUGCUAGCCAUGUUCGCCUCCAUGGCUACAAUUUACGUUGCUAGCCGCUUGUGGCAAGAUGCGGAGAAUAGGGAGUAUUUAGUUAAAGAGCUUGAUAAGAGAAUUGGUCUGAAUCAAUCUGCCGUAUCUGUUGAUGAUACACUAAGAAUUAUAAGCUGCAGGGAACAACGCAAAAAGUUAUCAGCCCUUCAGAUGGAGUUGGCUGAAGCUAGAAAGGAAGGUUUUGUUUCGAAUCACUUGCCUCAGAAAGAGGACAAAAAUUCUAAGAAAAGGCUUUUGGCUGUUAUAGGAAUAAUCACAACAUUUGGCCGCAAGAAAAAUAGAGAUGCAAUUCGAAAGGCAUGGAUGCCAACUGGUGCAACUUUAAGAAAACUGGAGGUUGAAAAGGGUAUAAUUGUGCGAUUUGUUGUCGGAAGAAGUGCAAAUCGUGGAAACGUUUCAGACAGGGAGAUUGACGAUGAAAAUAGGCAGAACAACGACUUCAUUGUUCUUGAUGGUCAGGUGGAGACACCUGAGGAGCGUUCAAGGAAGAUAAAAUCUUUCUUUGUGCAUGCUGUGGAGAACUGGGAUGCUGAGUUUUAUGCUAAAGUCAAUGAUGAUGUUUAUGUUAAUAUUGAUGCCCUGGGAGCCAUGCUUUCUCUGCAUUUGGGUGAACCUCGUGUUUAUAUUGGAUGCAUGAAAUCAGGCAAAGUAUUCUCUGAGCCGACCAACCAAUGGUAUGAACCAGACUGGUGGAAAUUUGGUGAUGGAAAAGGAUACUUUCGACAUGCUGCAAGUGACAUGUUUGCCUUUUCACGAGCUUUGGGACAGUUUAUUUCAAUUAACAGAUCUCUUCUUCAAACAUAUGCACAUGAUGAUAUCAGUGCUGGAUCAUGGUUUAUUGGGCUUGACGUGUCAUAUGUUAAUGACUGGAAGUUUUGCUGCUAUGCCCGGUCACCAGGAGCCAUAUGUGCAGCUGUGUGAUCUGCCUUGCCAAUUAACUUGUAACAUAGCUGGUAUAUUUACCGAGGCCAUUCUUUUGUCCGUUAUGUUGAAUGCCUGUUUGCGAUGAAAUGAAGAAUACAGCAUCGACACCUGCCAAAAGUCUAUUUCAGGUACAAGCUUGGAUUUUUUAUUUAAGAGAAUUUUGUGAGAAAAAAUACCCGUACACUAUAGGAUUCCACCGAAAGCUCCAGAAUCAGGUAACAUAGAUGCAAUCCUUGUAAAGUUUGAAAGAAUUCACACAAGGUGUAUUGUAAUGGCUCUGUAUUCCAACUUGAUUCUCAUUAAAUUUAUUGAAGAGUUUUGCUUGGUGAUAGAAGAGUCUGAUAAGUUACUGUCAACCAUUGUAAAUGACAAAGCUUAACAAAAGUUUGUUUGAUUUUUCA